AUGCAUUUAUUUAGAUUAAAUGCACCUGUCAAAAUUUGCAUAUCAUCCAACUUUAAAGUAUUUUUUUGUCGCAAAAUAAACAUUUUAAUGCCAAAACAAAUAGUUCAAGGUUUUUUGGACGAAGAAAUCUUGGGUAACUUUCGAAAAGAAUUUUACGCGGACCAAAAGAAUCUCCUAGCCCAAAAUGUUUGCUCUAAAAUAGAUCCCUUUGAAGCGGCCCUUCGGAGGAAAACCCUUGAAGAAACACACCACGUUUUCAACCAUAAGAUUGAAGCCGAAGGUAAACCAGUUACAAACCAACGAAGUUCUGGACGCUGUUGGUUGUUCGCCGCACUAAAUGUCAUCCGCUUGCCAUUUGUCAAACACCACAACAUAGAAGAUUUUGAAUUUUCUCAAGCCUAUCUCUUCUUUUGGGACAAAAUAGAAAGAUGUAACAAUUUUCUUCUCAAUAUUGUAGAAACAGCUAGAAGAAAUGAGGCAGUUGAUGGAAGAUUGGUGUCAUUUUUAUUACAUGACCCAACUUCUGAUGGUGGUCAGUGGGAUAUGUUGGUCAAUCUUAUCAACAAACAUGGCCUUAUGCCAAAAAAGAAUUUUCCCGAAUCUUUCAGCUGCGAACAAAGUGUUAAGAUGAACCAAAUCCUGAAGAGUAAGCUUAGAGAGUAUGCUAGAGCUAUUAGAGAAUUGAUUGCGAAAGGUGGAAGUGACGCAGAUAUACAUACCCUAAUCCAAUCGCAAAUGGUCAAUAUUUACAGGGUAGUAGGAAUCUGCCUGGGAAUCCCCAGCGAAACAUUUACCUGGACGUAUUAUGACAAGAACAAGGCUUUCCAGAGCGUGGGUCCAAUCACUCCAAAAGAAUUUUACGAGAAGCAUGUUAAACCAUAUUUCAACGUCGAUGAUAAGGUCUGCCUUGUAACUGAUCCUAGGCCAACAAACGAAUACGGAAAGGUUUAUACUGUAGAUUGCUUAGGUAACAUGGCUGGAGGUAGAAAGUGUAUCUAUAAUAACCAACCAGUAGAGCUGCUGUUGGAUCUUACCGCUAAAAGUAUCAAAGAAGGGGAAGCUGUUUGGUUUGGAUGCGAGGUAUCCAAGAGAUACGUUGCCAAGCAGGGCAUUCAGGAUUUGAAAGCACAUGAUUUCCCAUUACUUUUUGGAGUUGACAUUCAAGUUGAUCUGUCAAAAGCUGAUCGUUUGUUAUAUAGUGAAAGUGCAAUGACCCACGCCAUGGUUUUUACUGCUGUUAAUACAAAUGAAGCCGGGGAAGUGACUAAGCUCAGAGUCGAAAACUCGUGGGGUGAGGAUAGGGGAGAGAAAGGAUACUUGAUCAUGACUUCGGACUGGUUCAAAGAAUUUACUUUUGAAGUAGUAGUGGACAAAAAAUUCGUGCCUGAACAGGUGUUGGACGUGUUCAAACAAGAACCUAUAGUUUUACCUGCUUGGGACCCCAUGGGCACUUUAGCCCACUGAUAGCUGUAAUAUUUUACAAAUUUUGAUUUAUUGAUUAUUUGGAUGCCCUCAUUUAUAUUAUAUUUUUUACUUUAGAUAAUAACCUGAGGUCGGUGUUGUCUCAGUUACCAUUUUUUCUUUAUUAUGUAUUUUUGAAGUUGUAAAUAAUUAACAAGACUGUUUAAUAUCAUUUUUACGUAGUGUACUUAACCUGUUUGCAGAUUAAUAGCUUUUUUACCUGGUUUGAUAAUGAUUUGUGUGGAAUCUUGCCGAUAAACGUUGUAGUAAAAUGUAUAAGAAAGGAGCUUCAAAUAUAAUGUCUAUUGCAAAAUGUUUUAGGGUUUGAGGAUAGGGAGACAAAAAUCUAUGUAGAUUUCAUAUUAAAAGAUUUAAUUUCAUAUAUUAGUAAAUAAAAUAUAAUAUAGCAUAAUAAACGGUAUAUAUGAAGGAGACAUGAAAAGUUUUUAUUUAUUUAAAAAAUUGUGAUUGUCGAAGGAGUUAAUUUUUUUUGCCUGCGUUAUCAGCUCUUUAUUUUCUCCAAAAUGUUGGUAAUAAAAAAUUUAGUCAAAUGUAGGAAUACGUCAGUCAGAUGGAGUUAAAUCUACUCCAAAUCAUUCAUAUUAUUCAUUGUAAAAGUGCCUUUUGUGUGUAACAAUAAAACGACACCUCAGUCGUAUAACUAUGGACAGACAUUUGAGAUACCAAUUUUAUUGUUAGGGCUUCGACUAGCUCUUUCUCAGGUAUAGGUACGUCUUAUCUUAAUGGAAUAGUACAGUGAGAAAUUUGGCAGGGACAAAUAAAAGAUUAUAAUAAAUAUAGAUAUUUAUUAAAUAUAAAGAAAAAAUAUAAGAAAUUUAGUAGUGCAUAGUGGUGAGUGCCAUACAUUUUCAAAUCGACACGUGGUCAUAUCGUACGAAACUUUCUCGUACUGAACUUUUCAUGUAAAAUGAUCUUGCAUCAUAAUAUUGAUGAAGCUGUGAAAAUAUUUCCUUCAUUUUUUAAUUUAGCAGUAUUAAUUUUCUUUGAGAUAGAAGCAGUGUUACGAUUAUGGUGAGGUAAUCGAAUAAGAGUGGACAGUUGUCCUGUUGAUCAGUACAUGAAGUGCUCUCAAGUUCUACUUACUAAUAUACAUCAGAAAUUUUUUAAAUCCAUGGAAUUUUUGUCUCCUUUUCCCGAUUUAGACUGACGUACCUGAAAAUUUUAAUUGUGCCAUAGACUUGAUAAUAAUUUUGCUAUUUUCGUUGAGUUUAUUUAUGUUUACAAUAGUAGUACAAACAGUAAAGUCUGAUAGUUCUAGCUGUAAUUUUAGUCUCUAUUAGUAAUGCCAGUAGCAUUUUGAAUCACAGUUUUGGCAAAUAAUACACUCACUUUUAAUGGUAUGUCCCAACAUUCAUGCAGGAAGUAAUUUUCUAGUAAUUAAAAAUUGUAAUAUUUUACAAAUUUUUCGAUUCUUUUAACAAUGCUAUUAAAAUAAAAAUGGUUAUCGUUGUCAAAUAUUAUUUAUUUUCUUCGAAAAAUUCGGCGCCAAUUAUGCUAAAAUCCAUUCAACGAACUCUCUACGGUGAAUUAGUGAUAGGAUGAUGGCUACAAAGCCCCGUCCUCAAGAUGGUGAUGGCCAGAUUAUCUGUCAAAUAUUGUUUUUCUUACUCAACCGUCACUUGUCAAUUUUUUGAAGUGAAGGUUCUAUACUGGCAUUGUAUUACUUUUGCUAAAUAGUAAAAUGAUAAGGCGAGCGUCACGGAAGUAGAGCCACGAAAUACGUAAAAGCGGUUCGUGGUUCACAGUCACACUAAACAGUUGGAAGAGUCCAUAACAGGCAACAGGUAACAGGCCACAACAUAGAAUUUGGUAUAGAAUAUAAAAUUUAAGAGUGAAACUUCGGGCUCAAAUAAAAGAAUGAAGCUGUAAACAUGUCCUUACGUCUUAAAGAGCUUCUGAAAAUGUUUAAUUCUUCUCAAUAGUGACCAAUUGAUGUUCAUAGAGACAUAGAAAAGCACUGACAAACUUAUUAGAUGUCUUUUAUUAAAUAUCUUAUAAAAAGAGAGCCUUUUUCUUAUAGAAUCACUAAUAAGCACGAUCCCCGAUUUUUUGAAUUGAUCUUCACAGCUAAGAAAGUUAAAAGAAAUUUUGACAAUUUUUUAAUGAAAAUAGCAAAUCUUGCGUACAAAAGCUUCAUUAUUUUUAAUAUUGCUCGACAAUAAAGUUGGUAUCGUGUAAUAAUCUAUUUUUAAUAAAUAUAAACUGUAAUUUUUUUCGUUUACGAUGACUUACACGUAAGUGGCGCGAAGUUUAAAACCUUGCUUGAAUUUUGGGACAUCCUUUAUUUUCACAUAAUUGGUAGUAUAUUACAACUUCGUAAAAACAUGAUAUUAUAAACUAUUCAAAUAUAUUUAUUUUUAUUAAUAACAAACGCACAAAUACUGUAUAUUUACUAUGAAGCAGAGAUACAAAAAUGUUAUAAGUUGCUUAUACUAUUGUUUAUCUACUUUUUACUUUCCUUGUAUAUUUUACUGCUGAUAAAUACCUAUAUUGUUCGUAACUGUUGUUGAAAGUUAAAUAAACAUGAGGAGGUGCACUUUUU